GCGCUCUUGUUGACGUCGGGAGAAAAAGCCUUUUCGAGAAAAUUGACAACUCGACUUCCGCCGCGACUUCGGUUCUCUUUCAAGUUUGAACCUCAAACAAGUGAGUCGCAUUUUCAUUUCUGUGCCGCCUUCGUUUCGUGUCUAAAGGGACUUAAAAAAUGCGUUACGUGGCUGCAUACCUUUUGGCUGUCCUCGGUGGAAACGCCUCGCCCUCCAAUGCCGACAUCGAGAAAAUCCUGAGCUCGGUCGGUAUCGAGGCCGAUUCGACUCGUGUCACCAAGGUGGUAAACGAGCUGAAGGGCAAGUCGAUCGAUGAACUGAUCGCUUCCGGUCGCGAGAAGCUGUCGUCGAUGCCAGCCGGUGGUGGUGGUGCUCCAGCUGCUGGAGGUGCCGCUGCUGCUGCUGGUGGAGCUGCCCCCGCCGAGGAGAAGAAGGAGGAAAAGAAGGAAGAGUCGGAGUCCGAGGACGACGACAUGGGAUUCGGUCUCUUUGAAUAAGAGAAUUCACUUAAUUUCCAUCGCGAUGUGCGGUGAUGUUUCGUGGAAACCGAUAAACCCUGGUCUGAUUGUAACCCAUGUGUACAAUGAAAAAUGUUAUUUAUUUCUGUGAAAUAAAUUUCAAGGACAAAUAAAAGUUUAAACAUCAAAAGUUGAACAGCCAAAA